AUGUUGACAGUGAGGGUGAUGGUGAAGAUGUUGAUUUUGAUAGUGAAGGUGAAGGAGAUGACAGGAGAUUGCUUCUGGGUCCGUGUUUACAAACUAUACAACAAGCAGCGUGGUGAUCUUAACAAGCGAUGUCGGUGCGGGUUGCAGAGCAGAUAUGAUAAGAUCAAGCAAACAUGCUCCAAAUUCUCUAAAUACUGGUGCGAGGCCCAGCAUAAGAACGUCAGUGGGUGGUCUGACAAUGACAAGGCGUCUCAUGCUAUAGCAGAGUACCACAAGUGGGAGAAAAAGCCUUUCAGGCUGAUGCACUGCUGGGACAUCCUAAAGUUUGAACCGAAGUGGAUGGAUGUGCGGCAUUACAAAGGAACUCCUGGAAUUGUCGACGUCGAGGUGCCUAAUCCUGGCGAACCAGCAGAUGAGCCCUCUGUUAGUGCUGGAAAAUGCCCACCUGGAUGGGAUACAACCAAGGCUGCAAAAAGGAGAGGCUCCUCAUCGUCAUCUUCUUCCACUGAUAUCGGUAAUGCCUUCCAGACUCUACAGCUCAUUCUGCAGGAGAAGAACGACGUGAUGAAGGAAGAAGCAAGGGCAAACCGAGAAGCUCUGGAAAAGAAACAAGAGCAGCUGGAGAAAAAAACAAGAGAGAUUGUUUGCAAUAGAGGAAGAAAAGGUGGCUAUGGAACGAAGGAGGCUUGA